AUGGCACAUCAUCUUGUCGACUCCGUGCCGAAGCAUCUUCGCUUCAGCCCUGGUGGCGGAAGCACUCGAAAUUUGCUGCUGCGAAACAUAUCAACAGGAGAUCUUCCUUUGCGAAUAGAGCCUCCGGGGCCACCCUUCACUGUAUCUGUGGGGUCCGAGCAUUUGGGCAAGAAUUUCGUGCUCGAGGCUGGCGCGACCUUAGCUUUCAGAAUCGCAAUCGGCUCGUCUCCUCCAGACAGCGGCGUUGCAUGUGACUUUUUGACGGUGCACAUUGAAUGUUCUCCACCGCUACUGAUCGAUGUUGUCUCGGCUUCCGACGCUACACCCAGUGAUGAGAUCGCCAGCCUAAUCAGGGCCUCGGCACAGCAACGAAGCUUGCAGCAGAGCAGCACUGGCAACACGCCAGAGGCUGUCUUCAUCAAACCUGGGGAUGCAGAGGAACAGGCCGUCCCUGCAGCACUGCUGGAGUUCCUGGGGGAGGAACCGAGCGCUGCAGCACUGCGCAACUGCCAAAGAACAUCUGUGGUUAGGCCAGCAUCGCGGCCAGACACGCCCGACUCCGGGCGAGGCGCUUACCCGGACGCACCCCCGGAUUUCGAUGACCGCCCGCCCACACCAAGUCCAGAGGGAUUUCAGCAGCUGCCAGUGCCACCUCCACGACCACAAGCCUGCGAAAACGGCCAGGUCUCGGCGUGGGAAGAAAAGCCAGACGAGGGGUCGCUUCUCCCUCAAACGACCACGGCGGCUGUGCAGCCUCCAGAAGUCGCUCCCACCGCACACUUGACGCCGGCAGAAGCUACUAGAAUCGCUGCCAUGCGGGCGAAAGGUCUGCUGCAAGAAUCCCAGCCACGGCCUAGCAACAGCAGCAAGCGCACAACUUUUCCGACCGCAGACACUGUCGAGCCGCCGCGCCCAGCUGGCUACGAGGAGCAGGACCUCUUCUAUGUCGCCGGGGCCGGCUGGUGCGACAUUUACGGCCGAGCUGUGGGAGCGACAGCGGUGUCCCCCACCAGCUCUGCAAAGUCUUCACCAGCUCGUGCUGCCCGCAUUCCGUGGUCGGCCUGCACAUCCAUAGUGCAUGGAGUAGCAUGUUUUCCAGCAGCGUCGGCUAAACACACAAAGACUGCUGCACUUUUGAGGCCACCUAUGGCCAAGGCAGCCCCAAAAACUAGAGACGAGCAGCAAGCUGCCUGGGAUGCGAUCCCCGGCGUUUGA